AGGCGGAAGUCUGUGUGCUGUGAUGAUGAUGGAGACGCGCGGAUGAAACAAUGCGUCUUCUAGGGUUUUUCCUCUUCUUUAUUUCGUAGGGCUAUCCUUCUUGUUCUUGGCGCCCGGUGUCCUCCGGCAUCGAUCAGGGUUAGUAAUCCAAGGCGGCGAUCCAUCGAUCAAUCGAUCGGGAUUCUUUCUUGGCGGCGGCAGCGGCCAAGAUCGAAUUUUCUUUCCGAGGGUUUUCGAGGCAAGGCAUGGCCCUAUUCUUGAUUCUUCCAUGAUGCGGCAGCGAUGCUGCUGACGAUGACGCUGAUCGCCGCCUCUCCGCUAUGGCUCCCCCUGGACGCGCUGGUGCUGAUCUAGAUGGUAGGGAUUACUGGAGCGCCAUCGUCGCCGGGUUCUUGGAGCUCUUCAUCGCCUGUCUCGUGCUCCUAACGGCCGGCGUCUCGCUCCUCGCCUCCAAGCUCAUCAAGAUCUUCGACCUGCCGUAUCCAUGUACGUAUCUGGGGCUCCAGCACGAGCGAUCGGUGCUGUGCGAGCAGCACAGGAGGCUGGCGCUGCUCAAUCUCCAGCUGCAUGACUCGUGUGGCGAGUGCUUGCGAGAGCUGACGGCGGCGCGAAUCGAGCAGAACGCGCGAGUUCUUCCGCUCUUCCAGGAGCCGCGCGUGAGGGAACUUCACGAUGGAAGGGGCGACGAUCACCAUGACAAUGAAGAGGACGAGCUGGGUGAUGACGGAUUUGGGACCGAAGCGAUCGCGCACAAGGUGACGAGCGUGGCCGUGGACGACAAGAAAAAUCCGGAGGUGCCGUCGCCUAGAGUUGGAGCUACAGGAGAUCGUUGUGUGAAGCGAAAGUUUGCGAAGAUAUUCGUGGAGGAGCUUCCGCAUGAUCAGGUUUCGUCCGGCGUGAAAUCUUCCGAGGAGGAGAAAGAUAGGGGCGAUGCUACCUCGGAUCUCUCCGUCGAGAGCGUCAAGGCAGCAUUCCAAGCGGAGAAAGACGCUCUGAACUCACUUUAUGUGGAGCUCGAGGAGGAAAGGAAUGCGUCGGCCAUAGCUGCCAACGAAGCCAUGGCGAUGAUCACUCGGCUCCAGGAGGAAAAGGCAGCGGUUCAGAUGGAGGCUCGUCAGUACCAGAGGAUGGUUGAGGAGAAAGCGGAGUACGACCAGGAGGCUAUCACUCUUCUCAAGGAGAUACUCUUCAAGCGAGAACAGGAAAAGUUCGUGCUGGAGAAGGAGGUGGAGUCUUAUCGAAAGCGGCUACUGCCCGCGAGAGAUGGCGACGACGUCGACGACUGGCUUCCAUCGAGGCUGCUCCUCGAAGGUGGUGGUGGUGGUGGUUUCGGUGCGGGCCAGAGAAAACCAACCGAGCUUUCACGUCGGCAAGGUACCAAUCUUCUCGAGGACUUCGAUCGGGCGAGCUCGCAUCACUCCGGGAGUGUAUCCGGCGACGAAGCCACAGGGAAUGGAGCGGAAGAGCUGGGCUUUCAACGCAACGCAAGCGCUGCAAGUCCGGGUGGUGAUUAUGGUGGCGAUCCAACAGCGCGUGGUGAUAUCGAUCUCGAUCGAGGAAAACGUAGCGAUCAAGUGGAAGAAGCUUUGAGCAACGGCAACUCCGACCUUGAUCUUCGAACCACCUCCAUGGUCAUGAGAGACAACUUCCGAUUGGCCAUGGAAAACGACAUCCGAGAGCUAACGUCGAGAUUGCAGGUGCUCGAGGACGACAGGCUGCUGCUCACGCAGGUUGUGCAGUCGCUCACGGCCGACAAGCCGGAUCAUCUCCGAGAGCUCGCGCAACACUUUCGACUCAAGAAGGCCGCCGCCGACCUCGCAGUUCCUCCAGUCUCUCAGGUGGUCACGAAGAAACGAAGAAUGGAAGGAAGCUUUUGGUAGAAGAUCUUGUUUGGAGCAUCGAGUCUAUCAAGGAUUGGAGUAGAGAAUUUGGAUUUGGAGCGUUUCGCGAGGAUUUGGAGCGCGAAUGUAGAUUUGUUUCAUUCGAGCGUUUAUUGUAUUUGUAAUGUUUGUAUUGUAUUUAAAGGAAGGUUAUGUAUGGUAGCUUGCCCUACCUUUAAAAUAAUGCU